CAGAAAAUAAUAGCUAUGGCAAAGUACACUGCUUUUCUUGCCCUCCUCUUUUGCCUCUUCCUUGUUGCUGCUACUGAAAUACAAAUGGCAGAAGGAAAAUACUGUUGGAAAAAAAGUGACAAGUGGAAUGGACCAUGUCAAUACUCUUACAAAUGUAGUCAUCAUUGCAAGUAUUAUUAUGGAGCUAAAUAUGGUAUCUGUAAGAAGUACAAACCAUGGGAUCACAAAUAUUACUGGGCAAAAUAUGCUUGCUACUGCUACUCACCUUGCCACUACUAA